GUAUAAAACCUUGCUGUCAUAUGACUCAGAACUAUUAAGCGAUAUCCCACGCGAAAAUAUCGUAUUCAAAUCCUUUGUAGAAUUUUUGUAGAAUCAUUCCAAUCCAGAUUUGCUGCUUUGUACGACUGGGACAUUAGUUGUCAAAGCAUAAACUACCAGAAUAAAGAUGAUUUUCUUGCUGAACAAGACCCUUUUGGUCCUUAUGGUACUAAGCAUAAUUGCAAGUAAUGCUUAUGCUAGGCCAGUGGAAGACGAUACCGUUAGUAGUCCAGACCCUUCCCCUGCUGACCCCGCAGAAGAUGCUGCUUCCUCUGCUGCAACUGAAGCAGGAAAAGAUUCUUCAGCUAGUACGACAGAUAGUUCAGCUGGUUCAACAAGCUCUUCAGAUGAUAAGAAAGAUUCUUCUUCAACAGCUCCUUCCACAAGCUCGAAUGAUUCCUCAGACGGCACUGCCUCACCUGACGCACCUGAUACAGCCAGCAGCAAAGAUGGCGCCGAUGAUCCAUCA